CAUUCCAUCCCCAGCCUCCCUCCCUGCCCGGUCCGGCCAUGGCCUCGUCCUCCUCCUCCUCCUCGCAGUACGCCCCCCGGGCCCUGGGCGCGCUGAGCCUGCUGGGCACGGGCUCGGGGCUGGUCUCGGUGCUGGGCUCGCUGCUGCUCUUCCAGGCGCGGGCCGGGGUCCUCCCUCCGGGCCCCUCGCCCGCCUCCCUUGCCCUCCCCGAAGCCUCCCGCCGGGCGCUGCUCUCGCUCUCGGCCGUGGGCGCCGCGCUCUGCCUCGCCCUCAGCCUGGCCUGCCUCCUCCUCGCCCUCCUCCACUCCUACUGCGCCGCAGAGCGAUGCGCCCCCCAGCCAGAACCCCACCCGGGGCCCCACAGCAGUGACCGGUUUCUUCUGGACAGCCGGAAAGUCCGUCAUGUCGCCGUGGGUCUCUUCUGCUGCGCGGUCUCCGUCUACCUGGCAGCACUCUCCAUGUACAUGCUGGUGCUGUUUGAGCUGGAGACAGGUGUCGCCGGGGCCUGCAUCUUAUCCUCGGGUGUUGUGGUCCUCAUCCUCACUGUCACCCACGUCCUGAUCCGGGCCUCCCGGGCUUCCCGGCACAUCCACCUGCCGCAUGCUUUGUACGAAAAUGGCUCUGCUGGCCUCGAUUUGCCUCUGCCCGCCGCCCACCUCAACAAUGCCAGGGAGAUGUGCUUGACUGGCUCAACCUGCAGUGGUGGCAAGGCCCCCUCAUCCAGUGGCCUUGGCCCGGCCUCCGAGGAGGACUGCUAUGCUGCACCCCGGAUGCACCGGACCCUCUCGGCUGACUCGGCCCUCCUGGCGGUGCAGGGCAAGCCCUGGAACAGUGUGGCGCAGGAAAUGAAGAAUGCCCUCGCUCGCAAACCGGCCAGCUCCGGGAAGGACUCCACAUUGGUGUGAGGAACAGGGGCCGAAUCAAACUGCCCUGGCUCAAGGCUACGGGAUCACAGGAGUUAUCAUUUGACCGGAAGUGCCUCUUCCCCAUAGAAUUACCACUUGCUCAAUGCUAUGGGAUCCUGGGAGUUAUAGUUUGACUGGAGGUGCCUCUGCCCCGUAGAAUUACCACUUGUUCAAUGCUGUGCGAUCCUGGGAGUUGUAGUUUGACUGGAGGGGCAUCUUCCCCAUGGAAUUAUCACUUGCUCAGUGCUAUGGGAUCCCGAGAGGUGCAGUUUGAUUGGGGGUCCAUCUGUCCUGUAGAAUCACCACUUGCUUAAUGCUAUGGGAUCAUGAAAGUUUUAGUUUGACUGGAGGUGCUUCUUUCCCAUAGAAUUACCACUUGCUCAAUGCUAUGGGAUCCUGGGAGUUGUAGUUUGAUCAGACGUGCCUUUGCCCUGUAGAAUUACCACUUGAACUGCCCUGGCUCAAUGUUAUGGGAUCCGGGGAUAUGUAGUUUGACCAGAGGUGCCUCUGCUCCAUAGAAUUGCCAAUUGCUCAAUGCUGUGUGAUCCUGGGAGAUGUAGUUCAACUAAAUGUGCCUCUGCCCCAUAGCAUUACCACUGGAACUGCCCCUGACUCAAUGCUAUGGUAUCAUGGGAGUUGUAGUUUGAAUGGAGGUGCUCCGCCCUGUAGAAUUAUAACUUGCUCAAUGUUAUGGGAUCCUGGGAGCUGUAGUUUGACUGGAGGUGCCUCUUCCCUGUAGAAUGUGCAUUGCAACUGCCCUAGCUCAAUGCUGCAGGAUCCUUGGAGUUGUAGUUUGAAUUGAGGGGCAUCUUCCCUGUAGAAUUACCACUUGCUCAAUUCUGUGCUAGAAUUACCACUUGCUCAAUGCUAAAAGUGCCUGUAGAAUUACCACUCAAACUGCCCUGGAGUCCUGUGAGUUGUAGUUUGGCAGUCUUAAUUAGAGAAGGCUAAAAUCCUUGGAUAAAUAAAGUACAAAUACAUGGAGUCUCUGGGUCCGAAGCUGCUUCGGACAUACAUUUGACCAAUCAUGGAUGAUGCACAAUAUAUACUUUUGUUCCAAUCCAGCAAGAAGGAAGGAAGGAAAGAAAGAGAAAAAGAAGGGAGGGAGGGAGGAAAAAAAAGAAAGAAAAGGGAAGCAAGAGAAAGGAAAGGAGAGAAGGUAUGAAGGGAGGGAAGGAAGGAAAGAAAAACAAAGAAGGGAAGGGGGGAAGACAAGGAGAGACAGAAGAGAUACCUGUAUAACACAAAGCAGUACUUUCUCUGUCCCUCAGGAACUAUGGAAACCUGAUUUAGGUCUCCAUGGUAGCCCUCUAGAGCAGGCAUGGGCAAACUUUGGCCCUCCAGGUGUUUUGGAUUUCAACUCCCACAAUUCCUAACAGCCAGUAGGAAUAGAUAAAUAUAUAGCAUGUAUAGAUAGACAGACUAUAUGUAUAUGUGUGUGUGUGUGUAUUUAUAUACAUACACACACAUAUAUGUUGUUGUUGUUCAUUCAUUCAGUUGUUUCUGACUCUUUGUGACCUCAUGGACCAUCCCACGCCAGAGCGCCCUAUCAACUGUCACCUCCCCCAGCUCCUUCAGAGUCAAGCCAGUCACUUCUAGGAUACCAUCCAUCCAUCUUGCCCUUGGUCGUCCCCUCUUCCUUUUUCCUUCCAUUUUUCCCAGCAUAAUUGUCUUCUCUUAGCUUUCCUUUCUUCUCAUGAUGUGGCCAAAGUACUUCAUCUUUGCCUCUGCUAUCCUUCCCUCCAGUGAGCAGUGGGGUCUUUAUUUCCUCGUGUAUAACUUGAGCAUAAUCUGAGGCUGUUUGACCACACAUAUCAAUUUUUCAUCCUUGGAGUGCAAUCCAUCAGAGGGUCUGGGGGAAAAAUACUGGAGGUCUUUGGGGGGGGGGGAAUUCACCUUGAUUUGGGGGAGUUGUUGUUCACUGAUCACCGAGAACUCAAGCACCAAUGGAUCUAGACCAAACUUGGUACACUUAUCUGAUAUGCCAAAAUUUGAUUACUGGAGGGGUUUGGGGGGAACUGACCUACCUUUCUGGGAGUUGUAGUUCAGCCAUAACCAGAGAAACUGUGACCUUCACUGAUGAUGGACUUAGACCAAACUUGGCACACAUGACUAACUCAACCUACUGGAGGGGUUUGAGAGGACUGACUCACCAUAGUGAGAGUUGUUGUUUACCCUACAGCCAGAGAGCACAUUGAAUCCCACCAAUGAUGCAUCUCUAGAGUAAGCUUACUCAACAUAACAAACUUUCAGUUCUGAGUUUUUCAGGGUUAAUGAUGUGAGUUGUAGUUCACCCACAACUAUUAAAAUGUACUAUUAAAAUUGACUUUUAAAAAUUA